AUUUAACAAACCUGCACAAGCCUGAGAGGUAGAUUUCAUUCCAGAGAGAUGAAAAGAAAGGAACCAUUGCAACAAACUACUUAACAGUACACAGCAUACUGAGCAGGGAACAGAUGGGGAGCAUGUGGUUAACCGUUUGCUGUGCUUUAUUCUUCAGUGUUCAGGCUUUACCAGUGCAGCUGACUGAAGAACCAUACUAUGACAUCUGCUUUGAAUCCAAAUUACUUACUUUCACGGUUACUGAAAAGGUUCUGAAACCAGGCAUGAUACUUGGAAAAGUGGACCACUCCGAUUGCACUGACAUCAUGACAAUUGGUUCCAUCUCUAAUGAUUUCACUUUCAUGGCUAAACAGGACGGGAUAUUAAGGGUAACAUCUGAAGUCGUUCUUCAUGAGGGCCAUCGGGACUUCUCUAUCUACUCGUUGGGUUCAGAGGCUCAGUGGAUCAUUACUUUAGCCAGGGUGGUGUAUGAUGGCCAUAAUCACAAUAUGACCACUGAGGUGGACGCUACCAAAGAACCGGAUGCAGGAUAUCCGCAGGUUCCCAUCCUGGAUUUCCCCAAAUCUAAUGGAGGGCUGAAGAGGAGGAAGAGACACUGGGCUAUGCCUCCAAUAAGUGUUUCUGAGAAUCAGAGAGGACCAUAUCCCAUGCAUCUUGUUCAGAUACGCUCUAAUGUAGAUAAGUCAAAGACGAUCCAUUACAGCAUCACUGGUCCCGGAGCAGAUCAGCCUCCCAAUAAUCUUUUCACCAUGGACAGGAAGACUGGUAAUCUGUAUGUCACACAGAAACUGGACAGAGAGGAACAGGCGGAAUACAAGCUUGUGGUUCAUACUGUGGCAGAGGGAAGUUCUGGAAAUGCAGAAGAUCCUAUGGAAAUAAUAAUCAGAGUAAUCGACCAGAAUGACAACAAACCCGUUUUUAAUCAGACUACCUAUGAGGCAGAGGUUCCUGAGGCCUCACCAAAAGGUUUCGAGGUGAUCCAAGUUGAGGCCACAGAUGCUGAUGAGCCAGAUAAUGACAACUCUGCCAUCCGCUAUCGGAUUAUGAGCGAGGAGCCUCAAGGACCCAGUCCAUCAGUGUUUGCAAUAGACCCAGUCACUGGUGUCAUCACAGUCAAUGCUGAAGCACUGGACAGAGGGAAACACCCCCAGUACACUCUGCUGGUAGAAGCGGCAGAUUUAGCAGGGGAGGGACUGGCUGCGCAAGCUAAAGUAUUGAUCACUGUGUCCGCAAAUGAUGAUAACCCUCCAGUCAUCUCUCAGCCUGCUGAUGCAGUGAAUCCAGAAGCUCCCGUCCUGCUUUUCCCCCAAUCUAGUGGAGGGCUGGAAGAGAGACUGGCCAGUCCCUACAAUAAGUGUUUCUGAGAAUCAGAGAGGACCAUAUCCUUAUAAGCUUAAUCAGAUACGCUCUAGUGACGAUCACAACAAGAAGAUCCAUUACAGCAUCACUGGUCCAGGAGCAGAUCAGCCUCCCAUUAAUCUUUUCACCAUGGAAAGGAAUACUGGUAAUCUGUAUGUCACACAGGAACUGGACAGAGAGGAACAGGCGGAAU